CGAGUUUGGAUGAGGCUCGUUACAAACAGAACUGGCAUCACUUCAUCGACGCUUCCUACUCUCCUCACCUGCGCAUCCGCGCCUUGUCAUCCCUUCCAUACCCUCCAACAUGUAUCAAUAUCAGCCACCGGGCCAAUAUGGUGCGCCAGGAGACUAUGGUGGUUUCCCCGGAGCACCGCCAGGAAUGGCGCCUCCUCCUGGUAUGGCACCCCCAGGAAUGGGAGCCCCUCCAGGAAUCCAACAGCAAGAUGCUCACCAACCUGGUAGACCUGGCGCCUUUCCUUCGAAUUUCCAACCCCCGGCCAACAUGCCCAACAUCAACUUCUCCGCCCCCGUGAUUCGACUAGGAACCUCAGGUCCUGCAAAGAAUGACAAUGUCGGCGGACGAGAUGACAGAGACCGCGGCGGACGCAGAGCCGGCUUGGGUGCGGGCGCAGGAGCAGAUUUCCGAGACCGCGACCGAGAUCGAGACCGCAUUGCUCCCGUGCAGCAACCCACGAGGGAAGAAAUCAUCAGAACCAUAUUCGUUGGAGGCAUCACCGAGGGUGCAGGUGGAGACGAGGGAAUUGAACGAAUCUUGCGCUCUGCCGGCAAUCUACGAAGAUGGGUUCGCGCUACUGACGCUGUCGACAAGCCCUGCAAAUUUGGCUUCGCAGAGUACGAGGACCCCGAAAGUCUUGCUACGGCGAUCGAGGUGCUCCGCGAUGUCGACAUCCCCCUCAAACGACAAGCUCCCUCGGAGUUGAAUCCUGAAGAAAAUGACACGGUGGAAAAGUCUAAACUGAUAAUUGUGGCCGACGAAAACUCUCACGCUUAUAUUGCACAAUGGGAAGAAUCUCAAGGUGGCAGCGACGCCGAAGCAGCACAGAUGAGAUUAGACCAUGCUCGUGCCGCGUUAGCCGCCGUUCUCAAGGAUCUAACCCACCCAAACGCCCCGAUUCAAAAAGACGAUCUGUCAAACAUCGACCGAGAAGGAGACUUCAAGAUGGGUGAAGGCGUUAAUGGCGAAGGCACAAACGGCGACAUUGUCACCAUCCCCAUCAAUGUUGAUGACGAAUUGUCCGAUAUUCCCGCCGAGAUGCGCGAAACGGUGGCCAAGGAAAUCGCCGCGUUCAGAGACCGUAGUAACCGUCGUGAUCUCGAGCGAUUAAAGCGUGAGGAGGAACUCGAACAACAAGAACGGAAUCGCAUGAAUGGUGAGCGACUCAACCGACUUGCUUCCCCACCAUUAGCCGCUCCUUCAGGCCCUGCUGGCGGUUCCAACGGAAUCCCGGUUGGACCUCGCGGUGCUCCUUCAGGUCCCAAGGGCUUUGGUGCUCAGAUUCCACGUGAUUACCAAAAAGGAGUUACAUUUGUCAAUGGAACGGCCAUUUCAGGAUCGUCCGCAUUUGAGGACGAAGAUACCGAUGCCAGUGACGAGGAAUUGGAGAGACGGAGAAGAGAGAAAAAGGAGGCCGAACAAGAGAAGCUUUUCCUCGACCAAGAACGACGAUGGCUUAACCGUGAAAGAACCAGAACGGCAGCAGUGGAGCGUGAGAAGACGCGAGACAAGGACGAUCAGGGUCGAGUUCAAGAACAGAAAGACAGAAUGGCUCAACGAUUAAAAGAUUGGAACGAUGACGUCGAAUCUUCGCGCAAGGUUGAGGAAUACUACAGUGAUCGAAGUCUAUGGAUUCGAAAUCGGGCUUCGUUCCGGCAAAGCGAGUCCCAAGCGGACGAUGCCGAUCGAGCGGCGGAACAGCGAGAACGGACUCGAGAAAACCAAAACCGCGAACGUGCCGGUGCGAUGGCGGAUGACUUCCUCAAUCGACAUGAAGAAGACAUGCUGCGACAGGAGGACAGGAUGGAUCGAUCUUUAUCGACGGGCGUUCGUCGUGAGCCUGCUCGGUUUAAACUGUCAUUGGGCGCGGCAGCUGCGUCUGCGGCCGACCGAUCCGCAUCUCAUGCCACACGACGUACUGUGGUUGCUGACGUGGAAGGUCUGUUGGAAGAUGAGGAAGACGCCGAAUCACAAAAUGCUAAACGCACGUUGAUUCCCAUUCAAUUUGACAAGAACGACACGGCAGACAUGUCAGAGGAAGAACGGGCGGCAGCGGCAAGACAACUGGCAAGUGACAUUCCCAACGACAAGGAUGGGUUAUGGGCAUGGGACGUCAAAUGGGAGUUUGUCGAUGAAAGCGUGGUGGAGGAGAAACUGAAGCCAUUCGUCGAAAAGAAGAUUGUCGAGUAUCUGGGUGUGCAAGAACAGAUGCUCGUUGAUGUGGUGAUUGGAGCUGUUCGAAGCAGAGGCAAACCAGAUGUCUUGGUCGGUGAAUUGGAAGGGGCCCUGGAAGAUGAAGCUGAAGUUCUGGUCAAGAAACUUUGGCGAAUGCUGAUUUUCUUCUCAGAAUCAGAGAAGAGAGGUCUAUCGACAUAAAAGUUUGUCUGUGUGGCCAUGAUCACCAAUGGUCACAUACUUCUGAUGGCCUUACUUUGGCCAACGAGUUCAACUCAAUGUCACCGCCAAUGUCACCCGAAACCUGGAUUGCUAAAAGUCAUGCAUCCCUCAGACUCCUUGACUAUUUUCGAGCAUAUGUGAAGGCAGGGGACUGCCAUCAUAAGGCUAUCAUCAAGACUCUCCACGUGGUACACUAAAGCCAAUGGCAGCCACGAGUGAGUAUCGAUUAGACGAUCGGUAUUCACUCAUCGUGCUUGGAUCAGACAUCAAAGACCAAGACAAGGGAAGCUUUUUGAUAUGAAGGCACAAACACGAUGUAGUGUCGUUAGGUCAGCUUUGGCCAUGCAGCUCCAUCGAUCCAUGUAUCUAUGUAUAUCUAUAUGCACAAGAUGCACACAAAGAAAUUAUGCGACAUUGGCCUGCAACUUUGUUGAGA